AAAUUGCCAGACCAGACCAGGUCCUAUGCAACAUUUUCUAUUUGGCCGGCCUAUCUUUGUCCUAUAUAAUUGUUUGUUACUUUGCCGGCCUAUACCUGUCUUCCCAUGAGUCAAUGAGCCAUCCAAAUUUCCCCGGUUAAGGGAGUAGGAAUACAUUACUACUUAUGAAACCUUCGUUUCUCUUUUGGUGCUACCUUCCAAUUCCACCAUUUGCUAACUGCUAGAAGCGUGCUCCGGCGCUGGUGCCCAUGGCCAAGAUCACAACGCCAGCCACUUGUGCUCUCUUCAUCUUCUUCUUCGUUUGCUGCCUGUCUCCUGCUGCAGUACCCUUGUCCUUCAACUACCCAACCUUUGGCUCGGAUGACCAGAAGGCCAUGAAAAUAGAAGGUGACGCCUCCUUCAGCGUCGGACACAUCGACAUAAGUGCCAACAAGGUGGACAUACGCAAGACCAAGGGUCGGGUGUCGUACAACGCCCAACCGAUGUUGCUGUGGGACGAGCACACGGGCGAGGUGGCCAGCUUCACUACGCGUUUCUCAUUCAUCAUCAAAACGCUGAAUGCCAGCAACAAAGGGACCGGCAUGGCGUUCUUCCUCGCCAGCUACCCGUCAAGCCUACCGACGGGGUCAUCGGGCUACUACAACCUUGGUCUCACUAACCAAACCAAUGGCGGUGUGGCGUCUGGCGAUAGCCGAUUUGUGGCGGUGGAGUUCGACACCUUCAACGAGGCAGAGGUAUCAGACCCCGACACCACUUUGGAUCACAUCGGCAUUGAUGUCAACUCGUUAAAAUCUGUGAAUACCUCGUCCUUACCGAGCUUCAGCCUAACUGGAAACAUGACUGCAGUAGUCCAGUAUGACAACAUUUCAAGCAUCUUGUCUCUCACGCUAUGGCUUGGGGAUGAUAGACCCUUGAAUUACAGCCUUAGCUCUAAGGUUGACCUCAAGAGCGCAUUGCCAGAGCAGGUUGCCGUUGGUUUCUCGGCGUCGACAAGCAAAGCCACUGAGCUGCACCAGCUGCUUUCUUGGCAAUUCAACUCGUCGUUGGAAGGCAAGACGGCACUAGUAGCAGCCGCACGAUCCUCCUCGAGAACCUCCAGUUUUGGAGCUAUAGCAGGAGCUGUUGUUGGGGCAUCAUUGUUCCUUGUGCUGCUCGUCAUCAUUUCAGCCCUCUUGAUACGUCGUCGUCAAAAUCGAUGUCAGAAUAUGAAGAAGCUAGAGGUAGAGGAGGAUGUGGACUCGGAUGGCGAGUUGGUCAUGGAGAUUGGGUUGGGGACGGGGCCAAGGAGGUUCCCAUAUCAGCAACUUGUUAAUGCAACGAGGAAUUUCGCAGCGGAGGAGAAGCUUGGGCAAGGUGGCUUUGGCGCGGUGUACAAAGGCUUCCUGAGAGAGCUUGACCUCACCGUGGCCAUAAAGCGAUUCUCCAAGGAGGCGUCCAUGCAAGGAAGGAAGGAGUUCCAGUCGGAGAUCAAUGUCAUCAGCCGGCUAUGCCAUCGGAAUCUGGUGCAGCUCAUAGGCUGGUGCCACAAAGGCGACGAGCUCCUGCUGGUCUACGAGCUCAUGCCCAACCGCAGCCUCGACAUCCAUCUCCAUGGCAAGGGCACCUUCUUGACAUGGCCAAUGAGGAUGAAGAUAGUGCUGGAGCUUGGCUCCGCGCUGCUCUACCUCCACGAGGAGUGGGAUCAAUGCGUGGUGCACCGCGACAUCAAGCCGAGCAACGUGAUGCUGGACGAGACCUUCGGCGCAAAGCUAGGCGACUUUGGGCUCGCGAGGCUCAUCGACCACGCCACGGGCAUUCAGACGAUGACCAUGAUUUCGGGCACGCCGGGCUACGUGGACCCCCAAUGCCUUAUCACCGGCAAAGCGAGCGCAGAGUCCGACGUGUACAGCUUCGGUGUGGUCCUGCUGGAAGUGGCGUGCGGGACGAGGCCGGUGAGCACGCCCGCCGACAAGAAGUGCAAAGUUUUCCGGCUGUCGGAGUGUGUCUGGGACCUCUAUGGGCAGAGAACCAUCCUCGACGCCGCCGACGAGCGGCUAGAUGGCCUCUACGACGAAGAAGAGGUGAGGCGCGUCUUGGUCGUGGGGCUCUGGUGCGUGCACCCGGACCCAACGGCGCGGCCGUCCAUCCGGACGGCUAUGUCCACGCUUAAGUCCAAGGAUGGCAAGCAGCUACCCUUGCUGCCGGCCAAGAUGCCGGUGGCGACGUAUGCUGCGCCGGUGGCCUCGUGGGACGGGUUGUCGUCGCCGUCUACAGGGACGUCGGCGUCCAUCGGAUCAUCGACGACGACGACGACGACGAGCGGCUACAUGGGGCCAAUGCCAAUUGUCACACCCAGGGCCUAAGAACGUUUUUUGAUCGGUCGUGACGUUGUGCUGCAAUGUCAUUUUCCUUGUGUUGUAUAUCUAUUCUUUGGAGACCAUUAUCUCGAUCUAUGUAGUCUGUACUAUAUAUGCUGCAUGUAUAAAGACUUCACAUUUUACAUAAACAGCAGUGUUUGUCCAUUUUA